CUGGGAGCAAACAGUCACUUUUCAUCCUCCGUCAUGGCGGCUCGUGUCUUGCAGCAGUGCGUCCGCACGCUCGCCCGGCCCUCGCUGAGGCUUUCCUCCGUCAACCUGGCGGCCAGAGCCGCUGUGGUCCCGUCGGCAGCCCCCCACCGACCCGUCUCCUUCGCUGCCGACAGCCGGAGGACGCGGUGGCUCGGACUUAGCCCGAUCCCCUCGGUGGGCGUGUUGUGCCGACAGUACGGGGACCUGCCCCCCCUCACCCUAGAAACCAUCAAAGACCGCGUCCUGUACGUCCUCAAGCUCUACGACAAGAUCAACCCUGAGAAGCUGCAGACGUCCUCCCACUUCAUGAAAGACCUGGGUCUGGACAGUUUGGACCAGGUGGAGAUCAUCAUGGCCAUGGAGGAUGAGUUCGGCUUCGAAAUCCCCGACGCAGAGGCAGAGAAGUUGAUGACUCCUGAGGAGAUUGUACAGUACAUCGCAGACAAGAAGGACGUUUAUGAAUAAUGUUUUAGUUCAGAGAGAGGUUGACCCCAGCGUGACCCCACAGGAAGUACAUUCCCCCACUUCCUCCCCGUCAGCUGUUCUGUCCAUUCUGGCAUCUUGACGUCAAGCUGCAGCGUCUCGUGUUUGACUGUAUUUAAAUGAACAUGUUAUUUCGGAGCUCGGAUAUAAACAAAAUAUCAAAAAUGGCUAUAACACAGGUUUGAAUUUAUUUUUCUUUUUUCUUCCAGCUCCACAAUGUGGUUCCGAUGUAUAAUUUCUCACAAAUAGAUCAAUAAAUACACAUGCUGUAUA